AUGGCUGAUAGAUUUGUCCAUGGAAAUAAGCCCUUGGAUUCUACAUCAGACGAUUCAAGAUCCUCUGUCGUUCAGAAUGAUCAAAUAAUAACAAAAGAUGACAAAUUGAUUGUUGAGAAUCAAAAACUAACAUUUGAAAACCGACAUCAGGUUGGCGGAGGUAUAAUAGACCUACGACAGAAUGCAGUUGACAAUACAGGCUCAUUAGGUGACACUGGAACAUCAUGUGACAAUGUUGCUGAUCGCGCAAAAAAAGCAGUGAAGGACAAAACAGAUAUCGACCACAUAGUUAAUUGUCAAGAUAAAGAAGAUCGAAAUAAAGCUACCGCUGAAAACACAAAUAAAAAGUCCACUGAACAACAUUGUCCAAGUGUUAGUCAAGUUGUAGAUGCUAUAUCGACCAAUCACGUUAUAGAUCGUGAAAAUUCCGCAUUUCAAGACAGCCUGCAAACAAAGAAAACUAGUCAAUUGGUAGAUCGUCAAAAAUUGACACUUCAAGAUGACACACGGGCCACUGGUGUAAGUCAGAAUGUUCAAAUAAUCACAGAAGAUGAUCAAGCUGUUAGCAAACAAGAAAACAAGGCACAUGAAUGCGAUUCCACCAGUACAAAUCAAAAUGCGUUCAAUCGAAAGCAAAAGGCGGUUGGAAAUUCUGUUACCUUAGCUCAUUAUGUUGUUGAAAAUCAACAUCAGAUUGGCGAAGGUAUCAUACUAGGCACAUCAAGUGAGAAUGUUGGUGACCUCGCAAAGAAAACAGGAGAGGACCAUCAACCAGCUAGGGGUAAGAUAAACCGUCAACAGUUGACAGUUACAGAUAGGAACUUAACGGACCAUGUGGUUAAUUGUCCGAAUUUUCAUUCGUUUGGUAUCGUAGAUCGAAAUAAAGCUACUGUUGAAGACACAAAUGGUACAUCAAGUGAACAUUCGACCAAACAACAAUGUCCAAGUGUUAGUCAAGUGGUAGAUGCUACAUCAACCGACCGCGUUCUAGAACGUGAAAUCUCUGCUUUUCAGGACAUCCAAUUAAAGAAAACUAGUAAUCUAGCAGAUCAUCAGAAAAGGGCAGUUGAAGAUGAUACACCAACAACAAGUAUAAGGCAACUUGGUGCACCAAAUACGACACAGAUUACUGGUAACCAAGUUAACCAAUUGGUUGAUUGUAGCGUCCAAUUAAGGAACGUAGACAAAAUGGUGAAUCUUCAGAAACGAAAAGUCGAAAACACCACAACAUCAGCUCAAGUCACAGUUACUACGAAGAUUAUUGGUGAACAACCUAACCAUCAUCUCAGCAGUGACACAAAAUCAGUGAAAGCUGGUAACAUGGUAGAUUGUGAGAAAGAAACAGUAGAACAUACUGUACCAUCAGCUCAGGUUACAGGUGUGAAUAGUAAUGGUGAAGUUAACCAUAUGAUUCAUGGUAGCAUCCAAAUUGAGACAGCUGAUAACAUGGUAGACCACCAAACACAAAAACCCACACCAUCUGUUCAUGUCACAGGUGUAAAUGGUGACAGUUUACCAGAUACACAAUGUUUCGGUGGUCAGCCCAGUCACUCGUGUGAUAGCUAUUUAGGUGGUGUAGAACGGCAAGAAUUAAGAAGGCGGAGCACGGCUUCACCUAACGAAGGUGAGACUUUCCAAACAACAUUCUUUUUCUAA